AUGGAAGACGAGCAGUUGCCGCCUGAACCACCAACUCGCCGAUCGAAAAGGGCUAGGGCUCAGGUUAUGCCUGCCGAUUUCACGCGUUCGGACCAAAUUGAGCUUGAAUUGGAGGAAGAAGACAGGAGGGAAUCUUCGGAUGACUUACAGGAACCUCGCCGGAAGGCUAAGAGAAACAAGGCGGCUGAAGGUGCUUCGACCUCAGCUGCAGCUGCGCGCAAAAAUAGCCUGAUAUUGAUUGAGGUUAUCAAAGGUGGAGGAAAAGAAAUCCCCGAUGUAGUUACCCGAUGGGUUGAACAAUAUGAGAGGAACCAGAAGUCUGCAAUGGCCGAACUCUUAACCAUGCUUUUUGAGGCAUGUGGAGCUAAAUUUUCUAUUCAACCAGAAGAUAUAGAUGACACUGAUGUUGAUGAUGUGGUAGUUGCUCUUGUAAACAUGGCUAGAAAAGGAGAAAUUGAAGAUUAUCAGAGUUCAAAGAGGGACUUCAAGCAUUUCAAAGAUAAUCUUGUAUAUUUCUGGGACAAUUUGGUCAGUGAAUGUCAGAAUGGACCUCUGUUUGAUCAGACGUUAUUUGACAGGUGCUUGGACUACAUUAUUGCAUUGUCAUGCACUCCUCCUAGAUUUUAUCGUCAAAUUGCGUCAUUGAUGGGGCUUCAACUUGUAACAUCUUUCAUCAAUGUUGCUAAGAUUCUUGGUUCACAGAGAGAGACCACCCAAAGACAGUUAGACGCAGAAAAGAAGAAAACAACUGAAGGACCUAUAGUGGAAUCACUUACUAACAGGUUGUCAAUGACGCAUGAAAAGAUAACUACCUUAGAAAACAUGAUGGAUAAGACUUUUAAAGGGUUAUUUGUGCAUCGUUACCGAGAUAUUGAUCCAGACAUUCGAAAGUCCUGUAUAGAAUCACUAGGCGUGUGGGUAUUGUCAUAUCCCCCAUUUUUCUUGAAGGAUUCUUAUUUGAAAUAUCUUGGAUGGACAUUGAAUGAUAAAAAUUCUGGUGUUAGGAAGGCUUCUAUUUUAGCACUGCAAAAUCUUUAUGAGGUGGAUGAUAAUGUUCCAUCUCUUGACCUCUUCACUAAAAGAUUCUACGCGCGAAUGCUCGAGCUUGCUGAUGACAUUGACAUUUCUGUGUCAGUAUGUGCAAUAGGGCUUGUAAAGCAGCUAUUAAGACAUCAACUUGUGCCUGAUGAAGAACUAGGCCCCUUAUAUGAUUUGUUAAUCGAUGAUCCACCAGAUGUUAGGAAUGCCAUUGGAGCACUUGUUUAUGAUCAUUUGAUUGCUCAGAAGUUUAACGACUCACAGUCUCGCUCAACAGGCAGUGAUAAUGAUUCAUCAGAGGUGCAUAUCAAUAGAAUGUUGCAGAUUCUAAAAGAAUUUGCAGCUGAUCCCAUUCUGAGUUCGUACGUCAUUGAUGAUGUUUGGGAUUACAUGGGGGCUAUGAAAGAUUGGAAGUGCAUCAUUCAUAUGCUUCUUGCUGAUAAACCAUCAGCAGAGCUUGAUGAAAUAGAUGCCAAAAACUUGAUUAGGCUUCUCUUUGCAUCUAUAAGGAAGGCAGUUGGAGAAAGGAUAGUUCCUGCAACUGAUAAUCGAAACCCACAUCAUACAAAAGCUCAGAAGGAGACAUUUCAAAACAAUAAACGUGAUAUCACAGUUGCCAUGAUGAAGACUUAUCCCCAGCUUCUAAUGAAGUUCAUGUCUGAUAAGGACAAAGUGGCACCUCUAGUUGAAAUUAUUGUUUACUUGAAUCUCGAGCUUUAUUCUCUGAAGAGACAAGAAAAGAAUUUUAAGGCUACCCUUAAGCUCACGAGAGAGGCGUUUUUUAAGCAUGGGGAUAAGGAUGCCUUGAGAUCAUGUGUAAAAGCAAUCAAGUUCUGUGCUGUUGAGGGCCAGGGAGAGUUGCAAGACUUCGCUCAAAACCAGGUCAAGGAGCUUGAGGAUGACUUAAUUGUGAAACUGAAGUCUGCAAUAAAAGAUGUCGUGAAUGGUGGUGAUGAGUAUUCGUUACUUGUAAAUUUGAAAAGGUUGUACGAACUUCAAUUAUCGCAUAAAGUUACUCUCGAAAGCUUGUAUCGAGAUCUUGUGCAUGUUCUUCGGAGUUUCAGAAACAUAGAUGAUGAGGUUGUUGCGUUUCUGCUCCUUAAUAUGUUCCUCCAUGUUUCUUGGUCUUUGCAAUCUGUUCUAUCCAGUGAAACAGUGUCAGAGGCAUCUUUAUCUUCUCUGGUUGAAAAGCGUGAUGCGUUGUUUGAGGAACUUAAAUACUUUCUUCAUAACUAUUUUAAAUUUCAUGGUGAUGGAAGAUGUAAAAAUCAGCUGGCAUACAGAGUCUGUGGUGUCCUUGCAGAUAUGUGGUGUUUGUUCAAAAGGACUAAAUUUGCUUCAACUAAGCUGGAAAUAUUAGGUCACUGGCCUGAUGAAUCAAUUGUUCAGAAGUACUGGAAAUUGUGUGAACAAUUGCUCAAUGUUUCAGACGAUGCGGAAGAUGAUGAAGGAAAUGGAGAAUAUGUAGAGGAGACUAAUGCAGAUGCCGUGAUGUUCGCACUCUGCAAAUUAGUGGCUACCGAGUCAGUUUCUAAGGAACAUUUGGCUGCAGAGAUUAUUUCCAAUUUGGAGAAAUAUACCACAAGUGUUGGUGAAAUUGUUAAGCAUCUACUUAGUGCCUUGAGGAAAAAAGGAGAUAUUUCAAGCAUUCUUCUAGAAGCACUGAAAAAGGCUUACCAAAGGUAUAUGGCUGUAGUUUCAUCUGGCAAUGAUGAAUCACUGUCAAGCAAGUCCUUUAUGGACUGCAAGGAUCUUGCUGCUAGGCUGUCUGGCUCGUACAUUGGUGCUGCUCGGAAUAAGUAUAAAUCUGAAAUUUUGUUUAUCGUCAAAGAAGGUAUAAGUUUUGCCUUUUCAAACACUCCAAGACAACUGUCUUUCCUGGAUGGCGUAGUGCUGCAUUUUGUAUCCAAGCUUCCUGGACCCGACAUACUUGACAUUAUGAGGGCAGUUGAGCGAAGAACUGAAAAUGUCAAUACAGACCAAGAUCCGAGUGGCUGGCGUCCUUAUCACACAUUUGUGGACACUCUUCGCGAGAAAUAUCUAAAAAAUGAAGCUCCAAAAGCUGCGGAUUUUAAGGAAGGCGCGACUGUGAGACGUCGAGGCCGUCCACGUAAGAACCAGAAUCUGCAAGGAAAACGUCUUUUUGACGAGCAAAGUUCGAGUGAAGAUGAGGACUCGAUCAGAGGGUCAGAUCAAGAAGACGAUGCACCUUUGAUACACUCUCUUAGGGCAUCAUCGUCCAAGCUGAGAUCUCUCGGGCUUUCUAGAAAGGAUCCGACCAAAACAGCGGAAGGUUCCGGACAAGCUACAGAGGAGCUGCCAACACUGAGAACUUCAAGUGGAUACCUCUAA